UUGGAUCUAAGACAGAGAGAAAUGCAGACUGCAACUGUGAUCCUCCUGCUGGGCAGCGUGAGUCUGCUCCAUGCUGGACCUCUGCCCACCGAACCACUUCUCCAGACCCAGGAAAACUUUGACCUGAACCGGUACUUGGGCAAAUGGUAUGACAUCGCCUCAGCUUCAAACUGCCCCUGGAGAAGGAAGCAUAAAAGAGAGUCUUCUAUUGGAACUCUGGAGCUGCAACGCAAUGAGUCACCAAACACCCUCAGCAUGAACCUAAUCAUGUCUAGGCAUGGUUUGUGUAAGAAGAUCAGUGGUGACUAUGUUAUGACUGAAACCCCAGGAAGAUUCUACUACCGCAGUGUCAAAUGGUCAGCUGAUGUGGAUGCCUAUGUAGUGCACACCAACUACGAUGAGUAUGCCCUGGUGGUGAUGUACAAACAGCAUGGAGGAAACAAAACCACUUCUGUUAAACUCUACGGUCGAAAAAGGGAGCUGCGUCCCACACUCAUCGAGGAUUUCAAAACCCUGGUGGCUGAACAGGGAAUAGCUGAAGAUGGCAUUUCUAUCAGACUGGACAAAGGUGAAUGUGUCCCAGGUGAACAGACAAAUCCAAAACCUGUGAUCCAGUCAAGGGCGAGAAGAUCUGCAGUGCUGCCCCCACAAGAGGACGGAUCCGGUGAUGACUCCCCCAUGUUUAGAGGAGCAGAUUCAUGCACAGCUGAGCCAGACUCUGGCCCAUGUUUUGGAAUGUUCCAGCGGUACCACUAUAACUCUUCUAUCAUGACGUGUCAGACAUUCGUAUAUGGAGGCUGUAUGGGUAACCAGAACAACUUUAACUCUGAAAAGGAAUGUCUACAGUCCUGCCGCACUGAAGCUGCCUGUCGCCUCCCGAUUGAUGUUGGUCCAUGUAAAGGAGUUCUGCAAUUGUGGGCUUUUGAUUCGGCCAAGGGCAAGUGUGAGUCCUUUACAUAUGGAGGCUGCAAGGGUAACGGGAACAGAUUCUACAGCCAGAAAGAGUGUGAAGAAUACUGUGGCAUCACCAGAGAUGGUGAUGAUGAGUUUCUGAAUGUGAACUAAAGAAGAACAGAAUAUUGUCAGUGAACUCGGGCAGCGGCACCAUUGUUCCUUUUAUGAUGUAGAGUUAAAUAAACAGACCUUCGUACUGGAUCGCUUUCACAUACAAACCCCACUGAUCAACUUUGAACAUUAGAUAAGACAUUCUUGGAAAUGUAAUGUUUGUGUUCUAUGCUUAAAUCCACAGUGAUUCAACUUAACAUGUAUUUCAGGAUAAAAAGUGCAUACAUUUACCAUGUUGUCUUGUCAUAAAGAUUAAAGAUGGGCAAUGUUCAUUUAAAUAUAUAUUAAACAGUUACAAGUAA